AUGACAAGUCGCAGCAGCUUUGCUGGCUCUGAGUACUCAGAGGAGGAGCUGGAGCUAAGUCUGGAGGCUCAAGUACACGAUGACACCAUUGACAGCGACCAAAAAGGUUCCUACACUGACAGCGCAAGUCCAAGCAGCACCCUCAGUGAGGCCGAGGAGGGUCGGUUGAAGAAACGCAGCAGGCCGGUGCGCUCUAAGGCCCGGAGAAUGGCAGCCAAUGUAAGAGAGAGGAAGCGAAUUCUGGAUUACAACCAGGCCUUUAAUGCACUGCGUGUGGCACUCCAUCACGAUCUGAGUGGCAAACGCCUUUCCAAGAUAGCCACGCUACAGCGUGCCAUCAACCGCAUUUCAGCGUUAUCUGUGUUUCUUAGCAACAACCCACCCAACAGAGCCAGCAAAGCCUGUAACCACCAGGAAUGCCACGGACAAUUUGGACACCUGUCCCCGACCCAUAAAGAGCCCCAGGGGUACAUGUCCUGCGAGCAACCACUGGCACACCAGAUACAGAUGCACAGACGUCCUUCAGAGCAGCAAACUUACAUCGACCAUUGGAGACAUGUGGGUUCCACCUGUCCACUAUCUCCACGCUAUUCCUGCUACUCACCCGAAGUCCAGCUGUAUGCAAAUGGUGGAUCCUGUGGCAGUCCUGUCAGUGGCAAUGCCAGUCCUUCACGGUACAGUACCCGCCUGAGUGACGGAUUGGGCUACCAGGCUGGGGUUUGGGGAUCCUGUUCUCAGACCUAUGUAGAUGGGCAAAGUGAGGCAACUCGACCUUUCUCUUGGCACAUGGGCUAUCUCCAGGAGGCAGGUCCUCAACAAUGCUAUCCGACGCUAUGA